UCUGGAGAUACAAGCACUAAUAACUUUACCAAAUUGCUCUUCUUGGCGGCGGCCACGUGUCAUAAAAAGCACAUGCCCUUUGACUCCGAUGACUCGACGAAGCUUCUAAAACCCUCCUUCCUCCACCAGCUCUAAUCCGUGGGCGAUCCUUCUGAAUCAACUCAAUUUCGAUCAAAUUCCUCGCUUUUCUAACCUAAUUCAGUGAGGAAACUGAAAACUGCAAUGCCGGCUGUUCGGCAUUUUGCCAGAGUGAACACUUUGGAGAUUAAAUCUCAUAUUGAAAGGAAGCUUGGGCAUACAAAAUCAGAGACAUAUUUUGAUCUUCUCACAAGAUUUUUAAAUGGUAAGAUGGACAAAUCUGAGUUUGAUCGACUCUGCAUUGGCACAAUAGGGAUAGAAAAUAUGCGCCUUCAUAAACUUCUCAUUCUAUCAAUGCUAAAAAAUGCAUGUGUUGCUAAGACUCCCCCAUCAAAAGCGGCAAAAGUUGAUGGCCCUUUUAGUGUCAAACUGGCUAAUGGGUAUCAAAGAAAAUGUCUUCAGACACUAGGCAAAGAUUCUCCUCAAUCACCUCUGAAAGGAAAGACACCAAAUAUUCAUGAUCCCAAGUUCAGGGAUCAUCCAAGUUCCCUAGCUUCUCAUGGAAAUAGACAUAGUUUUGUAUGUGAAGAUUCAGUGCAAAAUAUUCAAGAACAGCAGAGUGCCACUGAGUUGCUUUCUUUGGGUAGUAGGCCCCCGGGCUCGGUGGAAGAAGGGGAAGAGGUUGAACAGGAUGCUGCCAGUCCAAGUAUUUAUAGUAGGAGCCCUGUCAGAGCUCCUCUUGGCAUCCCCAGAAACAACAAAGAGAUGCAGAAAGUACCACACAGUAGAUUGGGCUGUGAUUAUUACACAGAGAUUUGUGAAAAAGGCGGUCAGCUACCUGAUACUAGUUCCUUAAAGAAGAGGUUGGAACAGAAGUUGGAGAUGGAGGGAUUAAAUGUCUCAGUGGAUUGUGUCAAUUUGUUGAACAGUGGCCUGGAUGUUUACUUGAAAAGAUUAAUAAAGCCUUGUUUGGAACAAGCUGGAUCACAGUCUGGCCACAAACUUAUAGAGCAAGGGCAUGGAUCAUCUAUACCACGAUUAAAUAAAACAUUGCCAGUGAGAUAUACACAGAAUUUGAGUGGAUCCACUUCCGCAACCAUGUUAGACUUUCGAAUUGCAGUGGAGUCAAAUCCCCAAAUUCUUGGAGUAAAUUGGCCAACUCUCCUUGAGGAGGUUUACUUGUAUGAAACAAGAAGAUUGAGGAUUCGCAAAUAUACAAAUUAACUUUAAGUUAUUGCCAGUUAUGAAGUAUAUGCUAACCUUUGAUCUAGACCAUGUUGCUACUGAAGUAUAUGAGUAUAAAGGCUUCCUAAGUUUUGAAUCCUUCUGAGUGGAUUGUAUAUAGGCCAUGAUGCUGAUUGUUUCUGGGGUUGGACUUGCUGACCUAUUUAAGAUUUGAAAUAUUUGACUCCUGUAAGAAUGUAAUUACUAAAAGUAGGUCAGUGACUACUUUGGUAUCUAUUUCUUUUCUCUAUAAAUAUACUUAGUUUCUUAUCA